UGCCUGUACCAAUUGUUUGGGGUAUCAGUUGAAUCCUUCAGCUAAAAACAAAACAAAUAGAAAUGAACUCCAUUGUUGCUGUUAUCUUCUUCGCCGCCUUGGCAACGUCUUGCGCUGGUUGGGUAUCUCCCCUGGCCCUUUCUGCCAUUCCAACAGGCCACGUUAUCCAAGGACCGAGCUCAAGAAGCACGAUUGUAGGACCUGACGGUAGCUCAAUCUCCUCAGCAGCCCCUGGAGGAACAAUUAUCGCUGACAACAACGGAGCCAUCAUUGCUCAAGGUGCACCAUCCGCUGUGAUCUCUUCGGCACCCAGGAUUGCCGUUGCUGCCCCAGUGAUCUCUUCUUAUGCUGCCAUUGCUCCUGUCUGGGCCCAACAAGCUGUUGCUGUUCCAGCUAUUGGGAGAAUCGCAGCUGAGAACACAGUGGUUGCUGGACCUUCAGGAACCAUCGCCCAAAGUAGGGCAAUUGAUGCUGCUCACACUGUAACCGUUUGGUGAUGAUAUUGUGAUUCAUAGUUUUAAUAAAAUUGUUUUUUUUU